AUGUCGAGAUCAUCCCGAAACCCUGCCCCAGCCGCUGCCGGUACUGGACGUCAAAACGAAUACUUUGUUCCUCGAGAUGGCAUCGACCGUGAAGUCAUCUCUGCCGAUAUUUGCCGUUACUUGGGUAACGACGCUCUCGUCCGUCCCGGCCACUACGAGAACCCCCAGACAGGCCAAGCCGUACAAGGCUACUACAUCACGGCCUACAGGAAUCUAACAACUGCCAUGAUUGAGGACCUGAAAGCAGACUCUGCACGAUGGGACAGUGAAAGACGUGCGCAGACCUCACGCAACACCUCCGGAGGUACUAUUGCCUCGAGAAACGUUGGCGUACCGCCGAGACACUCAUCUAACUCACCUGUAGUGCAAUACCGCUACUCGGAGACGCAUCAGUCCCGUCAGCAUCAUGGUCCUACCGAGGGCCCUUACGCCACCGAUCCUUACGCUCGUGACUCUGGCUUUGACGGAGGACCCAGGUAUCCCGGAACAGGUGCUCCCGGUUACACUGGUGCUGCCGGUUCAUAUAGCCAAUCUUAUGGCGGCUCAAGUAGUGGGUUUGCCGGUUACGCCCAAGCCCAACAAUCCCCUCCCCCAGCGGAUGCCAGAUUCAGCUCCACCCCUGCAGCUGCCGUCAUGAACACACCUUACACGGCCGGCCAAAGCCCUUACGUGGACGUUGGAACAAACCAAAGGCCCAGAGGAUACGAUGCUUAUGCUAACCAGGCUGCCGCCGCCGCCGCCGCCGCCGCCGCUCAGCAGCAGGCUUAUGCCACUUCUGCACCUUCGCAACCCGGUUAUCCGGCCACUGCUGCUUACCAAUACUCAGGUCAGGCUCCUCCUACGGGCUACACAAUGCAGCCCCAGGACCCCUUUUAUGGUCGUGGUGCGUACAGUGGAGGGCCCGAUGGGCAAGUUUGUAAGGAUAAAGUACUAAUUUGUUGA